GCCAAGUCAGACGCUGCUCACGCUAGACAGGAGUGGAUUUGCAGUAGAGCGGGUCCAAGUAGGAGCAAGAAGGUCUAAUAGAGCUGCCCAAAAGUUGAAGAGCUUAGCCGCAGGGAUGAUACGUACAUCUGCAAACCGUGACUUGAACCUGGCAGCAGUCAUUAGUGUGCUGGCUUUAGUGUCACUGCAGCAGGUCCAGGCAGGAGUAGUGGGGGAUUUUAACAACGUGGAACGCUGUAAGGACUCUCUGUACAUGGGCACCCCACCUCGGGGCUACCUUAGCAACUCCUAUAGGAAGAUCUGCCAGCGGUACGAGGACAAGCCCUGCUAUGUCACGCUGUACGAUUCACACCGACACAUCCCCAUCUACUCUGCCUACACAUUCAAGAAGUCGGACGGCGAGAAAAGGGUGGACUACCCCUGGAUGUUUGAGCCUCAGCUGGCCUCAGAUAAGAGCACCAGCAACAUGCAGCCCUUCCCACAAUCUUCCAGCAUGCACAUGAACUUUGAGGACACCCAGGCAGUGCUGGAAGACUACGCCGACGUUGUUCAGUAUGAACGUGGCCAACUCAACCCCGACGAGCACCAGGCGGACCCUCUGGACAAAGCCUCCACCUACAGCCUGACGAACGUGGUGCCUCAGAUCAGAGAGUUCAACAUCGGCCCCUGGGCAGAGCACCAGGACCUCAUCCGCAAACGCCUCAACAACUACUGCCGCGGCAAAGCCUUCGUGAUCACCGGGGUCACCACCUCCGGGCACACCAUCCGCCGCAACAACCAGGACCGCGUGGCCGUUCCGGAGUACAUGUGGUCGGCCUACUGCUGCACAGAGUUUGACCAAAAUGCACCUUACUUUGUUCGCUACAAGUUCCCUGUGUUCGGGGCUUACGGGCUGAAUGACCGCGUCAACAACCACAUGGUGGAGGUCCCUCUCAAGAACCUGGAGAGAUUCCUCAAGGGGAGGAUGGAUGUGGACAAGAACUUCCAGAUUUUCUAUAACGACUGUGUCUCAGAUACCUAAACUGAAGUGUGAUCCCUGUUUAAUUAACGUUUAAGACAUUUACCAGUUGAUUGUAAAAAUGUUAUUAAAAGUUAAGGGUUAUUGUAGCUCAAAAAAUAAACCUAGAAUAAAAAUAUUUUGUUUUCUUUUCAUCAGAGAAUUGAGUAGAAGAGAUGUUUCAGCUCUGAUCGUAUCAUAGAAAACUAAAUUAACCUGAACAACCUGGAAUUAAAAUGUUUGUCAAAUUGUACCACAUGUAACAC